AUGGAGUUCAAUCCAACCAGAAGCAUUAUCCACAACGAAGGCUGCGACCUUCACUACUGGUAUCAAGGCUCUGGGCCUCUUAUCAUCUUCAUCCCUGGUGGAAAUGGCCACGGACGACAGUUCAACAACAUAAUAGCCGCUCUAUCUGGCCGUUUCACCUGCGCAACCUUUGAUCGCCGCCAAAUGUCAGCAAGUCAAGUACCCGUUAACAAACGCUUAAGUCCUCCCCAACAAGCCCGAGAUAUCCGAGCCGUAAUCAAAGCUAUUGGCUUCAAAAAGGCUAUUCUCUUUGGAAGUAGCUCCGGUGGUACUUUCGCAUACCAAUUCGCCCAUGACUUUCCCGAAAUGGUCGUUCAUUUGAUCUGCCAUGAAGCUGGUCUUGCAAUGCUUCUACCCGACGCAACGCAGAUAACAGAGUGGAUGUACGGUCUUCUACACACCUUCGAAACGGAAGGCCAAGAAGCAGCCGCCGAAGAGUUUGCGAAAUGCCUCAUUGGCUACGAUGCUGAGGGCAUUCCAAAGCCUGCAUCGCCUGAGGCAAGCAACCCUAAGAACUUUUGGGAAUACGAAUGGGCGCCGUUGAUUGGAUACUGCCCUAACAUGUUUCGAAUUAAGGAGCACGGGGUCAGCGUUGGUGUGAUGAGAGGUGUACGUUGUAAAGAUGCUUUCUACGCGAGAGCGGCUGAGGAACAGGCCAAGAUCUUGGAGUGUCCUAGGAUGACGGUGCCUGGACAUCACGGAGGGUUUCAGUGUGAGACAGAAGAGUUUGUCCCGUCACUUUUAGAGAUGCUCGAUAUUUUGGAGAAAAGAAAGUAG